GUCUCGCCUCUUCUUCCUUCACCCCAUUUCUUCGGAAGCAAAGAGGACAUUUGACUCUGAUGAGACUUUGUUUCCUUCUUGAGGUCUUUGGGAAGAGAGAGCUUGAUUUGGGGGCUCCUAGACCGAAAACUCGGCAGAAGGCCGUCGAGAGAGUCCCCGCUGCCAAGGAGCGAUGCCACCGAGGUCAACAGAGUCCACGUGGCUCCACGGGACGGCGGCGGGCAACGACAGCGAGGCGACUGCUCCGGGAACAUCAUCCCCGCAGGGUGGGGCGGCCUUCGCCAUCCGCUGCGUGAUCCCCUCGCUCUACCUGCUAAUCGUGGCCGUGGGCUUGCUGGGCAACUUCACUUUGCUGAAGAUCUUCGCCGCCCGGAGCGCCGCCCGGAGCGUGCCCAACAUCUUCAUCUCCAGCCUGGCCGCCGGCGACCUGUUGCUGCUGCUCACCUGCGUCCCGGUCGACGCCUCCCGCUUCUUCCUCGAGGAUUGGCUCUUCGGCGAGGUGGGCUGCAAGCUGCUGCCGGCCAUUCAGCUUACCUCGGUGGGUGUUUCCGUCUUCACUCUCACCGCUCUCAGCGCCGACAGGUGA